AUGGCCCCGAGUUCCGUGCUCUUAGACGCGAGUGUGCCAUGUCCGACUGCAGAGCAACCAACUACGUCAAGUAAUACCAAAGAUACACAUUCUUCGCUACCAAAGCGGCCAGAAAUCCUCCGCCACGUUUUUCCACGUCCGUCACGAAGUCGAACUUACACUCGCAAAGCUGUUCGUCGUAUCAACAAAGCAGAAUCUCCCGACCAUGCACUCACAUCGAGACGACCGAGAUCGAGAGUUGCCUUUCACAGGUACAUCGCGGCCUUGUUUGGCGGGGCCUCAGAUCGCACUGCAACCAUAGCUAUCCCCGAGACACGAUCUAGAGCUUCCAGCUUUGGAUCCAAACCAGAAUCACCACGACACGGACCUGUACCCAGUCUUGAUUUUGUAACUCCCGCUGCAUUCAUGUUCAGUGGGCCAAGCCUCCAUUCUGCAGGAUCAUACAGCGACUCAACAUCUCGACUUCCAAGUCUUGCGGAGUCGAGCAGUGAGAUGCAGCUAUGGCAUCGAGUGCGGACAGACUCUUUUUCAAUUAUCGAUGAUGCCAACACCGUGGUAGAAGUGAUUCUGGAGCCUGAAGCCGACCAAGGUAUUACUCGCGCUGUUUCCCAUGUCUUACUGGAUAGCAACGCUUCUACUCAAGAAGCAAAUCUACUGCCUCAAAACAACAGGCAAGUUGCAGCAGAACACUCCAUCACCAAAUCCGGAUGUAGGUCAACUUCAACCUUUGCCUCUCUACUCUUACCUCAUCUCGAUACCUCUGCAUACAAGGCGUUAAGGUUGACCAAUCGCGCGUGGUAUCUGGCUCUGUGUGUUGCCGCACCGCCAAUUUCUUCGAAAUCAUUCCACUUGCCAGUCGAGAUUUUGCACUGCAUAUACAAUUACCUUGGCCCUAAGGACUUCAACGCUGCACGUCACACAUGUCGAGAUUGGAUGAGGGCCAGUCUCGAUAAGAAUCUCCUAAUCACAAUGCUGAGCAGAGGUGGCUGGCUGAGUACUAUUGACAAUAAAGCUUUCACAAACUGUCCUGCUACUCAAUACCCUGCUGAUUCGACCACUCCAUCGAGCGAAGAAUGGCUACUCAGUUGUCGUAUUUCUCGAGAGUGUGCCUUGGCCCCAGGCUGGACCGGUAACGGGUUCACCACUGGGGCUGUGUUUGCCAAGAGCUUUGAAGUCGAUUUCACCGAGCUGACUGACGGGUUUGCCAAUGGUAUAAUCUUCGCAAGCAGUCUCUGCUCUCGGUUCCUGUGCGUAGCUCGUGGAGCGCUGAUCUACAUCUACAACCUUGAACGUGGUCACCCUGUGCCCAUUACCAGUGUGGUGUGUCCAAGACGUGUCCUUGCAAUAAGUAUGGAUGUCUCUUGUGGCCGACAUGCCAUUGCUGCACUUUUGGAAGGACGAAUGGGAAUAGUGUGCGAACUUGGAUACGGUGUAGCGACCGGAGAGAAAAAUGCCGUCGAUCCUCUGUGCGAAAGCAGUGGACAGCAAGCAAGCGACCUACACAUGGCCUCUGCAGAUACCAAUCUUACCAGCGAACAAUCUCGCCCUUUUAUUCAGGAGCGAGAUGAUGCAUGCUUUGACGCAAUCUACAUUCGGUCAAACAACCAAAAGGUGAGCCUUCGGGGUACCGAUAAUGACCGAAAUCACGACCAGCAUCUCAUUAAUCGCGCGUGGAAUUUGGACUUUCGUGGCUCUUUCGGAAUACCAAAAGCUCAGACCUCGGAAUCACAGUGUUGUACUGGCAGCAUACCGAUUGAGAGUGGGACCUCGACAAUCUAUCGUCAUCUUUGCUCUGAAGAUGAUCCACCGCGGAGCGUCUCAAUCUGUCCCCAACGCCGCUGUGUGGCUUUUGGCUGUUCAGCGGGUAUUGAACUGCACUGGAUAGAUGCUCUUACAGGCCAGAGCCUGAGUCGAUGGUUCCCUCUGACUGCACCAAGCGACCACCUCUAUUUCCUGCCACCUCGACCUGGAUUUGAGUCUGCGAAAAAGUUGCGUUUGAUUUCCAGUGCAGCACACCCCCGAGAUCGACCUUCCAUGACACGUGGAUUCUUCAAUCGACCAAGCCUAGGCGUUUUCUGGGGUUCUUUCGGUUCCGAGUCAGCGUCUUCUCCUCCAGGCUCGCCGAGCUGUGAUCAUUAUCACGCGAUUCCGUUAAGCGAUGGGUACCAUGCCUUAUUCAUUGAUCCAUCGAGCGGUCGGCUAGCCCUGGGCUGUAACGCGCCCCUCGGCGAACCUACUAAGCUCCUGCGCAAGAUUGUGUUUGUCCCGCCCAAGCAUAAAUCAACGCCAAGAUUGUACAGUGCAGCAGCAGACUUGUCACAGGGUGUGCGUGUUGCUGUAGCUUAUGACGAUAUCAUCAUGCUGUACAGCAUCCCACUAGACGUGUACCGGUUCUCGCGCAUGGAGAAGAGGGCUAAGAGCUGGUCUGACUACGAAGCUGAUACGAAUGUCGAUGUCAGCCAGAGGGACCAUUGGCUCAACUAG